AUCAUUUACAUAUUGACAUAUCAUGAUGACAAGAAUUCGGUUCAGGAGCGAUGACCACGCCCCCUCGUGUGGACCCGGAAGCAAUCGACGUAUUGCACCAUGUAUUCGAAACCCGAAUACAUAUGUAGUCGUCGGAGUUGGAGACCCACGAUAGCAUGUAAGGAUUGAAGACGGUAACAGUUGUUUCAGGAAAUGAUGGAUAACGAAGAAGUUCCACCCUUAUCACCUGUAAAGCAAGUCGUGCGUAAAACUCUACUAAUUGAGAACAUCGGUGUGGCAACAACAGUUGAUGAUCUGACUCGGUGUUUCGCCCCGGCCCUACAGAAGUGUGGUAAGGACCGCCCCCCAAUACAGCUGGCUGUUGACAGGAAGGGGAGGUCCCUGGGGUAUGCUACUGUCACUGUGCCCCUCAGCACGGUCGAGCUUUUCCUGGACUUCAAUGACAGGUACAUCAACAAUGACAAGAUCAGAGUGACACUGGGAGACAAGCGUGUUGGCACUUGGCAGUCCGUAGGGAAUGGGGUGUUCAUGUCCUCAAAAGCCAGGAGGUCGACUGUGGACACCGUCACCUGCAACACCAUGCUCAAUCAUGGCCUCAUCGAUGGUGGAAUGUAUCUCACACACAAGAAGGUCAAGGUGCCCGAUCAUGUCGUAGCAGCGGCUCUCACAGAUGGUACAGAGAAGCUGGUGUCCUUAGGAAAGUCUGUCUUUCACAGCCAGGAGGCCCUAAAGCUCACCCGACUAUUUUCUGGGACAGUCUAUUGUACAACAGGUGUCAGCCCACAGAAUGCUGUGUUCUGGACAGAUGAAACCUCACACCAACUAGAGGAGGUUGCCAAGAGCCCAGGCUGUGUCGCCAUUGGCCCGUGUGGGUAUGACCUGAGUACGGACAAGAUGGUCGACACAGCUGUUCAACAGCUGCAGGCGUUUGAAGCACAGAUUCAGCUGGCUAUCCGUCUUAACAUGCCCCUCGUUGUGUGUGAGACCAUGGCCAAAUCGGAGGUGAUGUCGCUCCUCACAUCAUACAAGGACAAGCUGCCACGGGUUGCAAUCCUCACGAAACCAGCCAGCUUAGAUGUGAUCACAGACUAUUUGGAUCAUGGGUUUUACUUCUUUGUACAUGGUCACUUGUGGCUGCCCGGGUCAAGCAGCCCUGUCUGGAUUUGGCUCAAGAACUGUACCCCAGAACAGCUGACUAGAGUGGUGGUGUCCAGCCAGAUGCCAACGUCAGGAUGCCCGACCAGGAUGUCCGUCCUGUGUGACAUCAUCAUUCAAGCACUGGAGAAAGAUGAGGGUGAUGUGAGGGGAAUCCUCAGGGACAACACUGUCAGGUUUUAUGGUCUAUCUGACAGGGAGACUGAUGGUGUUACUGAGGAUGGAGGUAGCAAUGUUGUUGCUGCUGAAGUUGGAUCACAUGGAGAGGAAGAGGGUGGUAUAAGUAUUGACAGUAGCCUUGUUCAUCCAACUGUGAGCUGUGAAGUAGCAGAGAGUGACAGUGUCCAAGUGUCAGCUGAUGUCAAGGUUGUACCUGCUGAUGAUGAGUGUGAAUGUCUAGGUGAUGUUCACUCCACUUCAUCACUUGUUGGGGAGGAAGAUCGAAGUGUAGAGGACAGAUAUUCUGACCAUGAAACAGGACAUCUUGUGUCUGAUGAAGCAGACGUCAGUUCUUCAAAAGUCAGAACAAAGGCACAACAUGAUGAGGGACAAGCAGACGUCAGUUCUUCAAAAGUCGGAACAAAGGCUCAACAUGAUGAGGGACAAGCAGACGUCAGUUCUUCAAAAGUCAGAACAAAGGCACAACAUGAUGAGGGACAAACAGAUGUCAGUUGUUCCAGUGUUGGAUCAAACAUUAGUGUGCCAGAAGUCUGUAGCCAGAAAGAUAGAGAUGGAACUGUGAAUGUUGAAACUAAUUGGACCUACAGGAUUCUGUUGUGGUUGGCUUUCAUCAGUGGACUAACAGCAAUGUAUUUCUAUGGCAACUGAGCAUGGCUUGUCUUAUUCCAAUGCUGGUUCCAGCAAGGGUAGGGGGUUCUGUGGCUGGUUCUUGGUGUCAGGUUGACACAAAACUGUACAAUAAACCUAUGUAUUUGUUGUGUUUAUAAACUUGAUAAAAUUUAAUAAAUCUAAAUUCAUAUA